UUUGCAUUCACAUUAUUCAUUUAGUAAGCAUCGAGUGGUAGUUGCGCAUGAAAAUGAGUGCCCCCAUUGUAAUCUGCCUCAUCUUUAUUCUAAACGGGGCAAUCGCGCAAAGAGAGUUUCCAGGAAACUUCAAGUUUGGAACAGCUGGUGCUUCCUACCAGAUCGAAGGCGGAUAUAAUGAAGAUGGUCGGGGACCCAGCAUGUGGGACACUUUCUCUCAUAUCCCAGGAAAUAUAAAGAACGACUCCAACGGAGACAUUGCCUCUGACUCUUAUCACAAGUACAAGGAGGAUGUGGCUAUUUUGAAAAACCUGGGUGUGCAAUUCUAUCGAUUUUCAGUUUCUUGGUCGAGAAUAUUUACCAAUGGUACUCCAAAUACAUACAAUCAAGCAGGAGUUGAUUAUUACCUCA